ACAUUCAUAUUGUUUUCGAGUCGUAUUCGUAGGUGUACGUGUCACGCCUUCUUGAUUUGGCUUUUCGGUAAACGUCGACACUUCACCUGCACUUCCCAUACUUGAUGCGUUUACUGUACUGACAUCCCAAAGAUACAAACAAUCUAAUCAUGGAUAUAACCACUCUACGUAACAAACUCUCUCAGCUUGGUCAAGAACAUCUUCUAGAAUUCUGGGACGACCCUGAGCUUACAGAUGACCUCCGAAGGUCUCUUUACGAUGACAUCACAAGCACUAACAUAGAAGAGGUUCUGAAGUUCUUUGAGACGUCUUCUUCUAACCUGAAUAACACAGAGAAGGUGGAUGAGCGUAUGGAACCAAUCCCAUCAGAACUCUUUGGCUCUGUUACAAGGUCCGGAAAGAACUUAGAUCGAUGGUACAAAGAUGGUUUAAAACAGAUCUCCCAGGGAAAGGUUGGUGUACUUCUAUUGGCCGGAGGUCAAGGUACGCGUCUAGGGGUCAAGUAUCCUAAAGGGAUGUACAACGUAGGUCUGCCUUCAGAGAAGACUCUCUAUCAGCUACAAGCAGAACGGAUCCUAAAAGCACAGGAGCUAGCCCUAGAGCUGACAGGAGAGAAAGGUGUUAUACCAUGGUAUAUGAUGACCAGUGAGCACACCAAGGAACCUACUAGAGAGUUCUUCAAGCAACAUGAUUAUUUUGGUAUUGGUGAAGAAGAUCUAGUACUCUUUGAGCAGGACAUGCUUCCAUGUGUGUCCUUUGAGGGAAAGAUCAUCCUGGAUCAGAAGAAUAAGAUCUCAAGAGCACCAGAUGGUAAUGGAGGUCUCUACCGGGCCUUAGGGAACUGUAAGAUCUUAGCUGAUAUGGAGAGACGAGGAGUCCAGUAUGUUCAUGUCUACUGUGUAGAUAACAUCCUUGUCAAGAUGGCUGAUCCUACAUUCAUCGGAUUCUGCAUUGAUAAAGGGGCAAACUGCGGAGCUAAGGUUGUAGAGAAGGCGUACCCUACGGAGCCAGUGGGGGUUGUAUGCAGAGUAGAUGGUCACUAUCAGGUGGUAGAGUACAGUGAGAUCACCCUCCCAACGGCUGAGAAGAGGAGUGAGGAUGGUAGACUCACGUUCAGUGCUGGCAACAUCUGUAAUCAUUUCUUCACAACGGAAUUCCUCAAGUCAGUUGUGAAUGAAAAUGAAUCCAGAUUGCAGCAUCAUGUAGCUCAGAAGAAGAUUCCAUUUAUUGACGGGGAGGGCAAACGCAUCCUACCAGAGAAACCUAAUGGCAUAAAGAUGGAGAAGUUUGUCUUUGAUGUCUUCAGGUUUUCAAAUAACUUUGCGGUGUUUGAGGUGCUCCGGGAAGAUGAGUUCUCACCACUCAAGAACAGCACGAAAUCAGAGAAGGACAACCCUACCACAGCAAAGCAUGCACUCAUGUCAUUACAUCAUAGAUGGGUCUUAAACGCCGGCGGUAACUUCAUUGAUUCAGACGGUACAUCUAUACCAGCUAUACCCAGGUCCUCCCGUGUUAUUGAAGAUCAACUGAAUGCUAAGUGUUCUAACACUCCGAUACGCCGCACCAAGCAAUCACAUAGACUAGUACCCUAUGUAAAACACCCUACCCCCACCAAGCACUGUGAUAACAGUCGGCGGGCCCAUGACCCUGAUGGCUACCCAGUCACAUGUGAAGUGUCUCCUUUGCUAUCGUACGCUGGAGAGGGACUUGAUAAGAUCUGUAAUGGGAACAAGUUUUGUCCUCCUAUCCUUCUGAACCAGGCUAAUAUAAUCGCAGAGAAACAAGAAACCAUCGCAAACAAUUAAAGAGAGAGAUACACCGAAACAUUACUUUAUCCGGGUACUGAUUAAGUUCCAAAUUCCACUUUUUGCAGCAAAGUCAAUUCAUAAAUCCAGUAUACAGUCCACAUUCCCUUGUUUUAUGAAUUAAUAAUCAUCGCUUUGAUAAAUAAUGUGUUUUCAAAGGAACAUUCAGAAUUCAAUUGACUUGGUACUUAGCAAGUUAUCAGUGUAUUAUUUUCUUUCAUGUUUGAAACCUUCGUAAUAUAAAUAAAUUUUCUUCCGUGCCAGUUAUUUUGUAUGAAUCUAUUAUCUCAAAAAUGUAUUUUCCUUGCAUCAUAUUGAUUCUCAAAAUAAGUCAAUUUUCAAAUUCAUUUUAAAGAUAUAUUUGUUUAUUACAAGGCACUAGCUUGCAUUGCUAAUUUUAGUUUUUUUUAUUUUCAUUCUUAAAACAAAUAGUUAUAGGAAGAUCAUUCCUAUUUAAGAAGUAAAUUGUAUCUACUCAUUUAUUGUUUUGUUUUCUGACAAGAAUGUUUUUUUAAUUCUCUAUUUGAAUGAAGUCAAUUUUGGACAGACUUCUUAAUGACAAAUUUUAUUCUAUUUAUUAGAUAUGUGUAUUCCUGAACCGUUGGAACUUAUGUAGAAAUUGUAAAUAUUGACAUUAAUAUUAUUGGUAAGAAAGAAUGUAUUAUGUGAUAUAGUGUUCUAAUAUGUUGUACAAUGUAGAUUAGUCGGAAAAUAUAUUUUCAGUGAAACUUAAUUAAGUAUUUAGCUGUACUACAAUGGUAAAUGUAGUGUUACUAUUGAUGUAACAAGAAACUUUGCUGAAUGUUUUAGGUAUAGCAAUGAAUGACAACUGAAGAAUCUCAUUAAGUUUUAAGAAGAGUUCAUUUAGUUUUUAGUUUUAUUAAAACCAGAAGCAUAACGUCAGAUCUUUAUCUCUGAUUACGAUAGGAAGUGUGGUUCUUUUUACAUUUGUCUCAUAUUGAGAAGUUGUAAAUUAUAUCUACAUAUGUAUGUGUAUAUCCUGAGUUACACAUGAUACCAUGAUGAAACAUUGAAAGAGCUUGUCUAGUGACCAUGCUUCUGCACCAGGUCCAAGAUGAUAGAAUUCAUUCCUUGUUCAUGGAAUUUCACUGCAAGAUCAAUUACAUUGCCUAAUAUGUGCAUCCACUCUGUUAAUAAUUAUCUCUUCAAUUCAAUUCAGCAUAUGAUCAAUGCAUAUAAAGUGCAUCAUCUGGUCAGAGCCUAGGCGGCCAUACCUUUACAAUGAAUUACACAGAUUGAGCUAUCAUCAUUCGAUAUAUGAUUGCAAUAAUGAUGUUAUCUUACAGAUUUUUUUGCAAGAUGAAUGUAGAAAUAUAAAUUGAUUUUUAAGCCUUUCAUAAUAGACAUUCUGGAAACCUACUUUGAUAACUUUAGUACAUUAGUAAUCAAUAUUGGUAUAAGUCUUACAUUACAUGAUCAUUCUGAUACUUAAUUUGUCUUAAUUUUGCUACCAUGUUUACAUGACAUAAUAAUAAUAGAUAUGUAAGUUAUGUGAUGUAAUUAUACUACUUUAGCAAUCUCCAUGAUGAUGUUUGUAGUGUACCUAUUUCAGACUAUAUGUAUUGUAUUCCUAGCUAUAGAGUUAUAGGCCCUGUUUUAUAACAUUGUUAGCAAUAUGAAGUUAGUAGCCACUGAACAGAAAAUUUGAUUUGCUCUGAUCAAUGUUGUGAUAGUUUUGUAGCAAUUGUUAAGUUUUAUGAAACGGCCUUGAUUUCCCAACUUUGUAAACAUAUUUACUAGUAUGUACAUAUAUUCAUCAAGUGGUGUUUAUACUCAUUUGUUUAUGUGUUAUCAAGUCAAUUAAAGAUAAAUUGGAGUCCUGGUAAAAAAAGAAAAGAAUUCUCACAGAAUCAAA